GUCUAAAGAGACAUAGUUACCAUUUUUUUGCUUUUAAAAAACAGUUUUCCCUUUCUUUUUUUACUUUUUCUGCUAUAUACUAGAAAUUCUGAAAUUUAGGCAAGUUUUUGUAGGUUUGAAACCAAAUGUUAAUAUUUAUAUCGGAUGUAUAAAAAAUAAAUCAUCAUCCCUCAAACUUAGCAAAUGAUUAUUCGAACUAGGAUAUUCAAUCCCUGAACAACAGCAAUAAUUAACCAUCAAAGUUUAUACUAUCUUCACUUAUAACAUUUAUUUUUUGUUUUCCCAAAACAUAUUUUUAUAAAUUUAAUAAUACAGGUCCAGUUUUUCGGCUAAUAUAACUCCACUUAAUUCAUAACAAUAAGGUUAUAUAUAUACUAAAACAUUUCAUUUAUAUAUACUUAUAAAUUUGUUGGUUUGGGAAAUAAAUUUAUAAGUAUAUAUAGAUAUAUUAAGGGAAGUAGUUUUUAAUAUGUUGAUGUGUGUGGAAAACUAUAAAUCACAUCCAUAAUAAAACAAGGUAGUACUAUUUAUAUAAUCAAAAUAUGAUAAUGCUUCCUUUUUAAUUAAAGAGAAAUUUCUUGAUAGUUAUGUUUUUUUAAGCCAAUACAUGUCUUUAUAUUGUAUGAUACAACUUGUAUCUAUCUUUUCAGAAAAUGUAAUAAUAAUUUAUGAGUUUAUCUAUAAAGUAUUAACCACGAUUUCUUUCUAUUUUGUAAAGGAAUCAAAUAAUUUUUUACUAGGUUUUUACUUUUUAGUUCAUCUCUUGAUUUCUCUAUAUAUUGUGGUCCCAUCAAAGGUGUCAAUUAAUUCACCCAGCGAUUAUAAAACAAAAGUGUUACACCAGAAGUCGCCAAUCACAUUUUCUCUCAGUUUAUAAUAAUUUCUUUAUCUUCUUGCUUCCUCUUCAACCUUAUAGAAACCUUCACAGUUCAUAAAACUCUCUGUCUCUCUGCAAAGAUAUCUAGCUGAUUGUUCUUCAUUACUCUUAUAAAUCAGUUGCUACAUACUUGCGUUUGCAAAUGGGAAGACAUUCUUGUUGUUAUAAGCAAAAACUUAGAAAAGGCCUUUGGUCUCCUGAAGAAGAUGAGAAACUUCUCAAUUACAUAACUAGACAUGGUCAUGGCUGUUGGAGUUCUGUCCCCAAACUCGCAGGUUUGCAGAGAUGUGGAAAGAGUUGUAGGCUUAGGUGGAUAAACUAUUUGAGACCAGACUUAAAGAGAGGAGCUUUCUCACAAGAGGAAGAAAGCUUGAUCAUUGAGCUUCAUGCUGCGUUAGGCAACAGAUGGUCUCAGAUCGCAACUCGGUUACCAGGAAGAACAGACAACGAGAUCAAAAACUUUUGGAACUCUUGUCUUAAGAAGAAGCUGAGAAGAAAAGGCAUUGAUCCAACAACACAUAAACCCAUAAUAAGCGAACUUCAACAUAACGUCAUAGAUCAGAAGCUGACGUCAUUAAAUACUUCGGAAGUAGUAAAGUCAACGGCUUCGAUAAACAACCCGCAUGAUCAGUCGAUGGUCGUCUUAUCCCAACCAGGUCCCUGGUGGUACCCGGCGACCGCGACCACGACCACGGCUAAUCAAAACGCUGAGUUUUGCUUCAGUUCGAGUACUACCCAAACGGUUUCAGACCAGAUCGUAUCUUUGAUCUCAUCAAUGUCCACGUCAUCAUCUCCCACACCAAUGACUUCAAACUUCAAUCCUAUUCCAAACAACUGGGAACUCAGCUACUGUAACAACACAGUUCCAUCUCACAGCAACAGUAUCUACAGUGCUUUCUUUGGUAAUCAUUACAAAGAAGCUACCCAAAUCAUGAAUACUAAUAAUAAUAAUAUAUUAUUAGAUCAGCAUCCUCAUCAAGACAUGAAGUCAUGGGCGCCAGAGAUUCUUCAUUACACAGAACAUAACCAAAGCUCAGAAACUGGUUUUGAAGCAGAAGUGAAGCCAGACAUUGCCAAAUACUACUGGAGAUCAGUAUCAUCAUCGCCAUCACCAAAUGAAAGCGCUGCGACAUUACUACAUGAUGCUGACGUGGAGUUUUACGGUAAAAAUCUUCAAAAACCUAAUAUCAUGGCGUUUGAUCAGAGGCUUUAGAUUAGUUAUGUGCUAAAGAGUGUAAUCAGUAUUUCUUCAAUUUCUAUUCACAUUUCAAGGAUCCGAGUUUACUUGGUUAAUAUUCUGCAUGUGUGUAAGUAUAUUUUUAUAUGUUUUUUGGCUGUGUAAAUUCUCUACUCGUGUAUUUUGUUUUUGUUUUGUUUUUUUUUGUGCUAAGAUGUAAUGCCUUUUUUAUUCUUCUUGUCAUGACUUUGACCUAAAUACAGUUUACCUUAUUUUUAUCUACAUC